GUGGCGAGUGGCGACGAGGAUUUGCAAACCGGCGGCGGCGGCGGCCGCCGCAGGUCCCCGGCGCCGGCGCCCCCGCUCCCGCUAGACAACGACGACCUACUCUCAGAUAUCCUCCUCCGCCUCCCCCCGUCGCCGUCCUCCCUGCCCCGCGCCUCCCUCGUCUGCAAGCGCUGGCGCCGCCUCGUGUCCGCCCCCGCCUUCGUCCGCAGCUUCCGCGCCCGCCACCGCCGCAACGCUCCCCUCCUCGGCUUCUUCACCCAUGAAGAAAGCCGCCUCUCCUUCACCUCCACACUGGAACCGCCUGACCGUCUCCCGCGCGGCCCCUUCUCCUUGGAGCUCGAGGGCAGAUGCCGAAUCCUCGGCUGCCGCCAUGGCCUCGUCCUUAUCGUCAACUGGAUUGAUCUCUACUUCCUGGUGUGGGAACCCGUCGCCGGCGACCUGAGCCGCGUAGCCUUUCCCCCGGAGUUCCGUGACGGUGGGAGCGCGGUGUUCCAACACGCGGCGGUGCUUCGCGCACCCGGCGACGUCCACGCCGGUGAGGACCUUUCGAUCCCUUUCCUGGUGGUCUUGGUAGGCAGCGACACAACAGUUACACGGGCCUGCGCAUGUGUGUACUCAUCGGAGACUGGCGUAUGGGGCGAUCUCGUCUCAACUGCGUGCCCAUCCAAGGUGCCUAUGUACAAUCCCAGUACUCUGAUUGGAAGUUCCCUUUACUGGUUGCUUGGUCCGACAAUGGCUAUCCUCAAGUUUGAUCUGGAUAGACAGUUCCUAGUGGUGAUAGAUGCGCCAUUGCAUAACUGCCUCUACUCCAUGUUCCGGUACUGGGUUAUGCCUGCUGAGGGUGGUGGCCUCAGCUUCCUCUGUCUUUCAGGCUACGACGCCCAAUUAUGGAUGAUGAAGAUGGAUUGUGAUGGUAUUUCUGGAUGGGUGCUGGGAAGAACAAUUGAGCUUGAUAAGCUUUGGCUGAAUUCAACGGAGGAAUUAUCCCCAUUGAUAGUUGGGUUCGCUGAGGAGGACAAUAUGUCUUUCCUUAUGACCUCUUUUGGUGGCGUUAUUAGUGGCAUCAUGGUCAAGCUAAAUUCAACUCAGUUUAAGAAAUCUUUCGGAGUUAAAUGCCUUGGCAUCCAUCAUUCAUUCGCUAGCGUCUAUACAUCAGGUAUUGGCAUUGAUGGUGGACAUGCUGGAGCUGAACUGUUACACAAUACAUAGAUGACUGUCUGGUUACAUGUGCUAGCCUGUAGCCUAAUAUGUUUGAAGUUUGAAAAGGCAUCUAGGGUUUUGUUCCGGCUGCUGAUAAUGCAUAGAUGGCUUCUUGUGGUGGGUUUGUCUUCUCCAUUUGGUAUGCUGGCCUGCGAUGUGGUAUGGUGGUCCAUGUGGAAAUUGACCUUUUAUGUAGCAUAUAUUGUUAGCUCAACAGCAAAGCAGAAGCACUGGAGCGUACAAGUUGGGAUCAGUCGUUUAGUUUGCAGUCUUCAAUCUAUUUUCUAAGUUUUUGAGACGUCAGUGAAUUGGCAGGAUGGUACUCUGACUUGCCCUUGUUAGCCUGUUUACAGAUUAGUGCCUUCAAUCGUUUAUUUGCUGGUUAAAAAAAAAUCGUUUAUUUGCUGGUGUUUUUGAGCAAGCGUUUGAGCCGAAUGCAAGUGUGCUGGCAGAUAUUUGUUUU